UAAUUUUAUUUUUGGGUUGAAUUUCUUUUUUUUUUUAAAAAAAAAAAGGUGAAGGUGAAGGUGAAGAAGAAGGGGUAUCGUCGUUUGGGGUUUGUGAUUUGGAUCUCUCAUCUCUCUGGCACUAUAAGAGAGAUAAUUAAGAAUUUCCAUUUCUAUAUUUAGAUUUAGAUUUCCGUUUCUUCAGGAACUGGGAAGAUUACAGUUUCCAAUUUGGUUUUCAAUCUGCAUUAUCUUUAUUUCAACUUUUCUUUCUUCCAAUUCCACUCUCUGAUUUCAUUUCCGCCGUUUUACGGCUCUGAAUCCAUGGGUCUUUGUGUUUCCAAACCCUCCUCCACCACCGUCGUUGCUGUUCCGGCCAUUCAAGAUGCUCUCCCCCCAUUGGAGACAUCUCUGCCUUCACCCGAUGCCGGCAAUCGGACCACUGAGACGAGGGAGGGAGACAAAACUCCUUUCGACUUGGAAGUUGCUAAGAAGUCCCCCUACUUCCCUCUUUUCACUCCUAGUCCUGCUCACUAUCUCUUCUCCAAGAAGUCUCCGUUGAGAUCUCCGGCGAAUGUGAGCUCCAAUUCCACGCCCAAGCGGUUUUUUAAGAAGCCAUUUCCGCCGCCGUCCCCUGCGAAACAUAUCAUGGCUGUACUGGCCAGACGGCACGGCUCAGUGAAGCCGAAUGAGGCAUCCAUUCCAGAGGGGAAUGUGAUUGAAGGACCUGGUCUGGACAAGAGCUUUGGAUUCUCCAAGCAUUUUAGGAAUAAGUAUGAGCUUGCAGAAGAGGUUGGGAAGGGACAUUUUGGCCAUACAUGCAGAGCCACCGUUAAGAAAGGGGAACUUAAGGGGAAACAAGUCGCUGUGAAAGUCAUUCCUAAAGCGAAGAUGACCACUGCCAUUGCCAUUGAGGAUGUAAGAAGGGAAGUGAAGAUAUUGAAAGCUUUGAGCGGACACAAAAAUCUAGUACAGUUUUAUGAUGCAUGUGAAGAUCAUGACAAUGUCUAUAUAGUUAUGGAGUUAUGUGAAGGAGGAGAGCUCUUGGAUAGAAUACUCUCCAGAGGUGGGAAAUAUACAGAGGAUGAUGCAAAAUCAGUACUGAUACAAAUACUCAAUGUGGCUGCAUUUUGCCACCUCCAGGGGGUGGUGCACCGGGACCUUAAGCCUGAGAACUUUUUAUAUACGUCAAAGGAUGAAAGUUCACAAUUGAAGGCUAUAGAUUUUGGCCUAUCAGAUUUUGUAAAACCAGAUGAAAGGCUCAAUGACAUUGUUGGCAGUGCUUAUUAUGUGGCACCUGAAGUUCUACGUAGAUCUUAUGGAACUGAGGCCGAUGUCUGGAGUAUUGGUGUGAUUGCAUAUAUUCUGCUCUGUGGCAGCCGUCCAUUCUGGGCUAGGACCGAGUCUGGCAUUUUUAAGGCUGUCUUGAAAACUGAUCCAAAUUUUGACGAUCCACCUUGGCCAUCUUUAUCAUCUGAAUCUAGAGAUCUUGUUAAGGGACUUCUGAAUAAAGACCCAGAGAAAAGGAUGACUGCUGCUCAAGCUCUAAGCCAUUCUUGGUUUAAAGAUUCUAAAGACGUAAAAAUUCCUCUUGAUGUAAAUUUGCUUAAGCUUAUGAGAGUUUAUAUGUGUUCAUCAUCUCUCAGAAAAGCUGCUCUAAAGGCUCUGUCAAAGACAUUGUCUAUAGAUGAACAAAGGUAUUUUAAAAUUCAGUUCGCACUUUUGGAACCAAACAAAAAUGGUACCAUUAGUUUGGAAAACAUAAAAGAGACCUUGAUGAAAAAUGGAACAGAGGCAAUGAAGGAAUCUCGAACUAUUGAUUUUUUAGCAUCGCUCAACGCAUUGCAAUUUAGAAGGAUGGACUUUGAGGAGUUCUGUGCAGCUACACUUAGUGUCCGUCAGUUAGAAGACCUCGGUCACUGGGAACAACUUGCUCGCAGUGCCUAUGAAGCUUUUGAGAAAGAUGGAAACAGGGCAAUCAUGAUCGAGGAACUAGCUUCGGAACUUGGUUUGAGCCCUUCUGUCCCUGUUCACUCAGUUCUUCAAGAUUGGAUUAGACACACCGAUGGGAAGUUGAGCUUCCUUGGCUUUGUCAAACUAUUACAUGGCCCAUCAAGCAGGGCUGGUAGACGUCAAUAAUAGGUUAUAUUCAAAGUAGAGAUCUCAAAACUACUGAUCACUCUCUGCCUUGGUUAAGAGCAGAAUGAAAGGUGGCGGAAAGAUUUGGUGUCCCCCAAUACCAUGGAGCGAUGAGAUUGUUCAAAUUCAAGCAUCGGAGACUGCAAAAUGCAAACCUCUCAACUACUCUCACAUCCAAAUGGUAAUGGAGGAGAAGCUUAUUGGGGUAGGCGUGGCGUUUAUAGGGUUCCACUGUUGUACAGGUGUUGUAAAAUAUGUUGAGUUUCAGGUGAUUAGAAGAUUAUAUUACAACAGUUCUGACAAAAUGGCGAUUCUUCAAGAAACAAUCUUCUUCAAUUCUCUCUUCUUUACCAAUGGUUAUUCUGUAGGGUUUCCUCCUUUGAAUGCGGCUGAAAAGGAUCAUAAAUCUAAUUCUUCGUCAAAGUUCCGUUUGAUUGAAAUAUUCUUUUUAGUAUAUAAACAGAGAGGGAAAAAAGAAAAAGGAAAGAAAGGUUAAUUAGUGGGUGUACGUGGGUGUGUGUGAAAGGAAAAGGUGUAAUAGGGUUUUACCCAAAUAUAUGUAAUUUUUUCUUUUUAUUUGAACAUUAGAUUUUGAUUCUUAGAACAUAUAGAGCCAAAGAUUAUGUUUGAAGA